GCUCCAGAAGCCAGUCCCCUUCCCACAUUAACGUUAACACCCACCCCCAAACCCCAAAGUCACCUCCGAACCGCAAAUCCCCACCGCAUUAGUCAACAGUGCCACUAAUCUAGUCUCCGGUACCGCCAACAGGACAAUCCUCCACACAAGGUGGAAACAAUACCAUACCCCUCCUCUCGCCAUUGUUGACCCUGAGGAAGAGAGGAACAAACAACCAGAGUCACCGUCACCGUCACCUUAACCUCACUCUCACUGCUGCUGCUGCUGCACCAAACCGCUGUGGCGCUUCUGCUGCGCUGCUAGGCCAGAGGCCAGAGGCCAAAGCUUACAGCUACUCCAUGGUCCAGCGGGGCUUGAAUGCAUGAUCACUGCGUCGCUGCGGCCUCCUUUUGCACCUUCCCUAGUGUCGCACUCGCCACCUUUAAGCGCUAGCUGCCGCCGCCGCUGCGCUCACGCUCACCACGUCCACGUACCGCCUGCUGCUUGUUUAUAGCGUCCCCUCCCCGGAUACGAGAUUGCAGCACCAUAUCAUAUCCAGAGCACGGGGCCAGAGCCCGGUGCUAGCUUGAGGGUAUAUAGAUGGCGGUGGUGGUGGCGGGCGGUGGCGGUGGCGGUGGCGCUGGCGGGGAGCGAGGGGAGCAGCAGCCGAGGCCGCCGCAUUGGCGGGAGCAGCUGGGGCAGCGGAGCCCCGACAUGGCGGCCGUGCCCAGGCCGCCGCGCCCGAGGCCGGGCCCGGCGAGGGUCGCCGUCGUGUACUACCUGUCCAGGAACGGGCAGCUCGAGCACCCCCACUUCAUGGAGGUCGCCCUCUCGUCCCCCGACGGCCUCUACCUCCGAGAUGUGAUCGGCCGGCUCGACGCGCUGCGAGGCAAGGGGAUGGCGCGCAUCUACUCCUGGGCGUCCAAGAGGAGCUACCGGAACGGGUUCGUGUGGCACGACCUGGCGGACGAGGACUACGUGCACCCGGUGGGCGGCCGGGAGUACGUGCUCAAGGGCACCGAGCGGCUGCACCCGCCAGCGAUCCAGCUCCCGCUGCCGGACGCGGCCGCGGCGUCGUCCUGCUCCUCCGGCUCGCAGGACACGACCACGUCCUCCUCGUCAGGCUGGGAGCACGGCCAGAGGAAGGGCGAAACCGGGGCGCGCGGCGCAGCGGAGUAUAGGGUGUACAAGGCCGAGGACCGCGCCGGGGCGGCCGCGGACGCGGCGACGCAGACCGAGGACGGGCGCCGUGGGCGGAGCCGCGGCCACCAGAGGCGCGCCGCCCAGGAGGAGCUGAGCCGCGAGGAGACGUCGCCGCCGACGGCGUCCACGAGCCCCGAGACGCUGGAGGCGCUGAUCAAGGCGGACGGCCGCGUCCUGGCGACCGUCCCCGGCGGCGGGAGCAGGGCCAGGGCGUCGUCCGUGCUCAUGCAGCUCAUCUCCUGCGGGUCCGUGUCGGUGAAGGGCGGGCUCGCCACGCCGGUGAUGCCGCGCGGGGUGCACUACCGCCCACGCCCGCCGCGCCCACCAGCGCACGCCGCCGCCGCGGUAACCGGGACGCCCGCCUACCGGCAAAAGGCGGUCGAGGACAAGGAGUACUUCAGCGGGAGCCUGGUGGAGACGCAGCGCUCGGGCGCCGACGCGUGCCAGGACGUGGCGGUCGUCCUCCGGCGGUCGUCUUCCUACAACGCCGACAGCGGCAGGGCGGCCAAGGCGGAGGAGGCGGUGGACCUGCAUGACCGGUGCAUCCCGCGGAAGCCCAAGAGCAAGAAGGACGGCUACCAGUACCAGGCCAUCUCCUGCGCCGCGCACGCCACCGGCAAGAGGAUCGGGGGUUGAGGACGAGCCCGGUUUGACCGUGCGUGGGCGUCAUCGGUUCAUCGUCAUCAUCUGCAUAUGCAAGACCGCAGCCAGCCAUUGAUAUAUAUAUAUAUAUAUAUAUACCCUCUGUUGUUGGUAUCUGCUGGCCUCGUUUGUCUCGGGUUGAGGCUUGAGAGCGAGUAUGAUUCGGUCGGCUGAUUGGUUCUCUUCAGCUGACUAUAUAUUUGGGUGUAAUAUGAAACCAUGUUUGCGAUGAACAGUACAUAUCGAAAGUACCAGGGGCGGAGCUGGAGCUAAGAUUACCCUGAUGCACCACUAUAAUAUGGCAUGAAUUUUUCAA